UGGACAUUAAUAAUCUCAUUCCAACUUCUUAUCCUAUAUAUAACUCAAUGGCUUAGAUCUCUCAUUCUAUAUGCCAUUGAGUAAAAACAUAAAUGGCACGCUUAGAAAUGCACAACUCCAUGAAUGGUGCUGCUAGAAUCUCUUUUUCUAACGAGUUUGUCGAGAUCAGAUCGGAGAAGAGUAAUGCUAAGAGCAACAACAUCAACUCGAGAAGCUCUUUCUCCAUGCCCUCAGCUGAUUUCGCUUUCUCAGUCACCGAUUACUCGAUGAUUCCCGCCGAUGAAAUCUUCCUCAAAGGAAAGAUUUUACCUUUUAAGGAGACCAGUCACGUCCAUAGGACCUUAGGAGAAGAGCUUCUUACUGAAGAGGAGGGUUCUAUGGUCGAUGGUAACACUUUCUCCCUCAGGCCAAUAUUGUUGUCUUCUUCAUCCUUUUCCACAAAGGGCACGUGGAGGGAGCUUUUGGGACUUAAGAGGACCCAUGUUAGAUCUAAGAAGACUGAUAAAGUCAAUGAGGAAGUGUUAAGUCAAGAUCACAAAAUAAUCUCAGGAAAUGUUGCAACGAGGGAGUGUCAAGUUGCAGAUACAAGAUGAAGAAAGUUUAGAGCUCCCACUUUGGUUUCUAGAAAUUAAUUUAGAUUAUUUAUGAUAAUCUAGAUUGACUGUAUCUAAAAGGUCUUUGGACAAAGAUGGUUCCAAGUUACAACAACUCUUCUCGCUCACGUGUUUUGUUGUUCUUGUAAGUUUUUGUUUUGUUUGUGGAAUCAAUCAUUUUGUGGAACAUCUCUAUUUUUUAAUGCCAGUGAAGAUUUGUGUGUAAUACUUUUUCUUUUUAUUCACUUUUAGUUAUAAGUUGUCUGCAUGCACUUGUCUCACGUACCACUUAUUAUCAUAUAUUCAUAUCGACCAAUUAAACUUCUUUUCCCACUUUAAUUUGAUGGUUUAGUGUAUUUAGC